UGCAGGUCAUAGAUCCGGGUCCCGGUUGACCCCGGAACGAAAUGCCGCGCAGUCAGGCGGUGGUCGUCGUGGAAACCCCCCCUCCCGCUCCCGGUAACCGGGCGAUUGCUGCUGAGGGCGAUGACGAGCGCCGAGAAUUACCGGGCCAUCGUGCGCUACCUGACCGACAAGAAGCAGCCGUACGCGCCGGGUACCACCGAGCACAGCAAGCGGGCCAUCCGCAAGGCGGCGGCCUGCUAUGUUUUCCGGGACGGGCUGCUGUUCUACCAGCGGCGGCGGAGGGACAGCGGGCGCCUGGACGAGCUGGAGGUGGUGGUGGACGAGCUCAGGCAGCGGGACAUCUUCUGGCGCUGCCACAUCAGCCGCAGCGGCCGCCACUACUCGAGGGAGAUCACCGGCUUCAAUGUCAGCAGCGGCUACUGGUGGAGAGGAAUUUUAAGCCAGAUAUCUGAGUUUGUCAAACAGUGCGAAGUGUGCAGGUCAGGUGCUGACAAAAUCCACCAUUUGUCAGAAGACCAGCUAGUGGACUCAGAAAUUGGCCUAGAGGCUGCCAGAGGGGGAAAAACGACAGCAGCAGCUCCUUGCCAGAAUAACCUGGAAGACAAUAUGAGAGUACAACACGUUCGGGGAAAUGAAAAACGUUUUACAGACAUACACUCGAACCAGGCUGAACUUCAGAGGAUUGUAAAACAGACGUCCACCGGACACAGUCAAGUUGUGCUAGAUCAGCUGAAUGAGCAGCGGAAUCUAAAUAAGUUUUGUGACAUUGCUCUGCUUAUCGAGGGGGAGGAGUAUCGGGCACACAAGUCUGUGCUGGCUGCCAACAGCAAGUACUUUCAGGACCUCUUCACUGAGAAAGGAGCCACCUCCAGUCAGGAAGCAGUAGUGGAGCUGGCAGGCUUUUCGAAAACAAGUUUUUUACCUUUGUUGGAUUUCUGUUACACAUCCUGCUUGAUAAUUGAAAUGCUUCACCUGGAUGACAUCAUUAGUGUUGCUGAGCACCUCAAGAUGGAGGAAGUUAUCAAUCUGUGUAAACAGAUUCAGCUGGAAAUGGAAAUUAAGAAAGAGAGCUAUGAUGGCAGAUCAUGUAAUUCAGCCAGCAAAGCCCCUGCCUGUACACCGAAGCAAAUAAACUUGUUGACCUGUAAUGCUGCAAAUAAAGUGACCUGUUCUAAAAGAGAAUCUGCUCUCAUGUCUCAACUCUUUGAAUCUCCUAUCAAAGAAGGUGAUAAAUGCAACAAAGCUGGAGGUAAUCAAUCUCACAGAGUUGAUGAAAGAGGAAGCAUUGUCAACAAAGAUCAGGAAAGAUAUAUCUGGAGAGGUUCAGACAAUGGAAAUGCUUUGCAAGCAUUUGACAGAGAAGUAGAUUGUGUGGCAAUGAGUGAUGAGGAAAAUGUAGAAAACCAGUGUGACCACAAAGCUUCAAAUCCCGAAGUUGAAGUAACACUUGGAGUGGACUGUGUCACAGCCAACGAGAGUAGCUUCAUUACCGACAGCCUAAAAAGAUCAGGAAUGUUCAAAUGUGUAAAGCAAAAGGCUCAUCAAAGGCGGUUGAAGCGAUGGAAGCAUUUAGCAUUCAAGUCACUCACCAAAAUGAAGGAUGAAAACAUUGCCAGUUUUGCCUGUACUGAGUGUGGUGAAUCAUUUCAUUCAGCAUGGAAUCUACAGAAGCAUGUGGAAAUGCAUGGAAAAACAAAGGAAUUCAAAUGUGCAGUCUGUGGUAAGGAGUUUUCUUAUACAUCUUCAUUGAAGACUCAUUUGAAGAGACAUGUCCCUGAUCGACGUAGGUCCAGCUCUGGUACAGUGAAGCAUAAGCAACAGAAACUUAUAUGUACCAUAUGUGGAAAACUGAGUCACAGCCUUUAUGAACUGGAGAUGCAUGAGUUGAAGCAUGCUGGGGCCAAACCUCACAAAUGCAUGAUCUGUGGGAAGUCUUUUGCUUAUAUCCACAUCUUGAAGCUCCACAUGAAAUAUCAUCAAGAUGCAGAGGACUACCAUUGUGAAUUCUGUGGGAAAGAAUAUUUCAAUGCCAGUUCAUUGUGGUACCACAAACUUGCUCACUCAGGUGAACUGCAGUAUCCCUGUGUUCUGUGUGGAAAGAGAUUUAAAACCCCUUCAAGUUGUAAUCGCCAUAAGAAAAAGCAUAAUCUCUCAGAAGAGAAGAUCCUCUAUAAUCAGUGUGAUGCAUGUGGCAAGGUGUUUUGUGACUGCAAGCAAACAAGAAGCGCAUUUUGUGAAGCCAUCCCACAGAUCAGCCGAACUGUGGAGCAUGAUUGUGAGCAUUGUAACAAGGUAUUCAACCAGAUUGAGGACUACUGUAAGCACAUGACUCAACACACAGGCCAAAAACCUUUCCAGUGCUUGACCUGUGGCUAAUCUUGGGCUGACCCUCACUCACUACAACAUCACAUUCGUGAGCACAUUGGGGAAAAGCCUUACAUCUGUUCCAUCUGUCUGGAUCCUCACAUUGAUGCUCAGAGUUUACGGCUACACGUGAAAAAGCUCCAUGGAAAUAAGCGUGUUACACUUAAAAGAGAACUGCUGCCUCUACACAAAUACUCAAACACACUUGACCCAUGCCAUGUUUGUCUCACCAAGGAUAGAUAGGAAGCUGAAGGACAAUGAUUCUAUGAAUGAGAUAAAGCGACAUGAUGGAGGCACUUCAGGAGAAUGGCAAUUAUUUCCAACUAUUUCUAGUGAACACUCCAGAAAUGUUCCCAACCUAUCUAAUCGAAUUUUCUAACAUUUGUGAAUGAACCAAGUUCUGCCUGUUUUCAAUGCCUGGACUUCUCCAUUCUAAUUGUCUACAUGAUCAUUUGAAUGUGUUUUGCUUGAUGUUUUAACAUCUUUAGAGUGGGCCCGAUGGAAAACAAACUUUUUCUGUGAAAUAGAUUUUUUUUAACAUGUUUUAUGUGUAAAAAUUCAAUUAAGUAUUAUGAAACAGAACACGUUAAGACAGUAUAAAAUAGUUGGAAACCUCAGAAAUGUAAUUGCUUCACUCUUCCUCUAAAUAUCAAAAAUAGAGCUCCAUUAUUAAUUUAGACAAUGCCAAAACAAAGGAUGUGCGGUUGUCAAGUGAGUUGCAACUUUUGAAGUACAAUAGAGAAGGAAAAUUGCAAAUUUUUAUUUAUAUGUUUUACCCUCGUUCGCAUACACUUAUUUGUUAACCUCCUAAUUUAUGAUUGACUCUCAGGCAUUUCAAAUAGUACUCAGUCUGUUCAUGCAUUUGUUAAAUAGGAAACAAAUGUUUUGACUUGACAUUGAGGUGGACACAGCUUGCUUGGUGAUUUAUAUCAGCAGGCUUUGUUUUGUUGCCACGAGCAGGUGGAACCAGUUUGUUUUUGGUGAACAGAUUGGGCUAUUUUAAUGCACUAAUUGAAGUGGAUGCUGCAAAGCCUAGUAAAACGUAUCCUGGAGCAAUCAGAAGCUGUGUUUUGAUAAUAUCGUUGUUUGGGCUAAUGGCUGCAGUUAUAAAGGAAUACAGGUCUGGUACACUGCCAGAGAUUCUGCAAGCACUCCAAAGGAAAUACAUACCUCGUCAAUUUGAUUGAGGUUCAUUGUUAUUUUAUUUCAUGUGAAGAGGCUUUUUUUAAACUAUAAUUUUUCUGAUUGUAUUCUCCUCUGUACUUGUCAGACAUUUGGCAUGUAAGUUUUCAUGGUUAUUUCUGAAAGGCUGGAUAGUUGUAUACACAUUUUUAAUUGCUGUUGCAUCUUUUAGAUUGCAAUUGUGAAAAUGUUGAAUUAAAGUGCAGCUAAAAUGAUAAUGUAUCUGUGAUAGACAAUUUUUAAAAACCUGUUCAGGCAUGUUAUGACACAUGUCUGCUGGAGCAGAUGACACUUGAAUGCAGGCCUUUUGGUACAGAGGUAGGGGCACUACCACUGCACCAUUAUUUGUUACAUUUUAUAAUACUUUUCAGGAACUUAUCAUUUAUAUUCUAAAGUAGUUGUAAGCUCUGAUCUUUGUGUUUACCAUAUGAACUGCUACUGAAUUAUGUUGGCAAAUCUAGAAACAGACAUCAACAGGCCUAAUUAGUCUGACUAAAUUUAUCCUCUUAUCUACUAUCUGUGUCCGACAGAUGGUAGAACUGCACUCGUGUGAUGAGCACUUGGCAUUACCAAGGUGUGCUGUGUUCUUGUUCACUGCUUUAUGAAAUCUGUACCACUUCAUUGAUUUCUGUAAAAUCGAGUAUUGGUAAAUGAGACCAUCUCUGAUCAAGCACAUCACACACUAAAAAUGAGAACAGCAGGAAUGUGUACAGUAAUGCAGGGGUACAGAGCAAGUGCUUCUGUCAACUGUCAACAAGUUGUGUUGAAAUUCUGCCCUACAUGGCUAAGUGGAAUGUUAUUCUUUUGCCUUUGUCUUUCCAAAUUUUCAUUGUUCUAUUCUUCUUUGUCCCCUUUGACUGCACAGAACAUUAAGCAUGUCUUGUACCAACUUAAAUCCAUUAAUUAUUUUCAAUUAGUGGUUACAUUUUGUGAUUUUUAACUUUACUCCCAGUUAUUAAAAGAUGAAAGCGCAUUUUCUAAUCAUUUAUUAGCCCUGCAAUAUAAAGUGAGUUGACACAAUUAACUUAUUUAUGUAAGCUUUAAGCUAGUGUCUUUCUAGUUAUUUACAUGGUUAAUUCAGGGUAGAUGGUCAAAUUUUAUCUGGACUGGAAGAUUUCUGCCCGAAUCGUUGACUUUUCCACCUCCUGAUGCAGCCUGGCUUGCUGUGUUCUUCCAGCCUCCCUUUUGGCUAAUUUGGUUUCCAGCAUUUUCAGUCUUUUUUUUGUCUUUUGUUAAAUUGCAAUGCAACUUUUAAUGAUUUGAGAUUGUACUUCUCAACCUCUUUGCUUCCAUUUAGUCUCCUAUUUUACAAGGAACAUGUGAUUAUCCUAUUCCUACUACUAAAGUGGCCCGCCUCUCACUUUCCUACAAGUUCAUCUGCCAUUUAAUUACUUGUUCUGCAAAUUUAUUGUCACAUCUUCUAUAUGUUGUUUGGCAACCUUCCUCCGUAUUGCACUGUCAAAUUUGGCAUCAUCCACAGAUUUUGAAACUGUCCAAAUUAGGUAUGCAAUUGGUGAACAGCACUGAAUCCAUCAUGCAUCUUGUGGAAUAUACUUCCCACCAACCUUAGUAUCUGUCUCAAUAACUUCAACUUGAUUUUCAGUAGUCACCUGGUUAUCUGUUCUACUCCUAGCCCUCUAACACCAAUGUUCAAAUCUUAGAUUACCUUAUCAAAGAAGUGGUGACCCCAUGUGUAACUUUGAAACAGCAUAAUCUUACAAAUGAGCCAAGAACCCAAUUUUUUGGGGCUGUAAGUGGACUCAUGAAUAAUUAUCAGUUUGUGUGAAUCUCUUUUUAUUGGUAAUAGAGGCCAGGACAGUCAUAAACAUAAAGUUUGGUAUUCUUGUACUGAUGUUUUUACAACGAUAUGUAUUUUGAAAUAUUUUAUUCCAACCUAAACUGUAUGAU